AUCUGUUGUCGUCUAAGGUCAUAGAGCUAGAGAGCUAUGACAUUGUCCUAGCGGAUGUGAUAUCAAGUUGAAUAUCACUCCCAGUUUCGUCUAAAAAGUUGUAAAACUGUUAAAAACACAUUUGUGAUAACUGUGAGAUCUCAUCGACGCCGCAGCGUACAGUCAAUCCCAGUUGGAAAGCUAAAAAUUGUUCCAAGUUUUUUUUAUUUGAUUCAGUCGCACAAAGCGCAAUAAUCACAUAGGGGUAAAACCGAAUAGCGAUAAAUAAAAGAAAAUGGCCUGGACGAAGUAUCAAACAAUACUGGCGCUCACCCUCGUGAUAACCGGAUCUAUCAACACCCUCAGCACCAAAUGGGCUGAUAACAUCAAAUCGGAGAGUUCCGAUGGCCAAGUGCGCCCCUUCGAGCAUCCGUUUGUGCAAGCCUGUGCCAUGUUCAUGGGCGAGUUCCUUUGUCUGUUGACGUUCAAGGCGCUUUAUUAUCACUUUCGCAGGAAAAACAAUGGUGCCGAGGAUCGCCACGAUCUGGUGAAAGGCAACCGAGAGUUCAGUCCGUUCAUCUUGUUCGUGCCGGCCAUGUGCGAUAUGAUUGCCACUUCGAUCAUGUACGUUGGCCUGAAUCUCACGUAUGCUUCCAGCUUUCAAAUGCUACGCGGUUCUGUCAUCAUUUUCGUUGGAAUUCUCAGCGUUGCCUUCCUAAAUCGUAAUCUCGUCAGCCGAGAAUGGAUUGGUAUUCUGUUCAUCAUAGUGGGACUGGCUGUGGUAGGUCUCUCGGACUUCAUGCUGAACGACGGAGACGGUUCUUCCUACAGUCGGAACAACGUCAUCACUGGUGACCUGCUGAUUAUCCUGGCCCAGAUAAUUACCGCUGUGCAGAUGGUAUACGAGGAACGUUACGUAGCUGGGCUGGACAUCCCUGCUCUGCAGGCCGUUGGAUGGGAAGGAUUCUUCGGAUUCAGCGUCCUGGGAACGCUUCUCAUCCCGAUGUACUUCAUCACCGUUGGUCCCCCGUUCAACGACAAUCCCCGUGGAGUGUUGGAAGACGUGCUGGACGCUCUUGUGCAGAUGAAGAACAACUAUCAGCUAGUUAUGGCGAUUCUCGGAACCGUAGUGUCGAUUGCCUUUUUCAACUUUGCGGGCAUCAGCGUGACCAAGGAGAUAUCCGCUACCACCCGAAUGGUACUGGACUCGGUACGAACCUUGGUCAUCUGGAUGGUUUCCCUGAUGCUAUCCUGGCAAAAGUUCCACUUUUUGCAAAUCUUUGGCUUCGCCGGACUUUUGUUCGGAAUGUGUCUGUAUAAUAAUAUUCUUAUUCUGCAAACCUACGAUCGUAUCCACAACAUGUUCGCUCGACGAAGAGAAAAUGAUGGGCAAGCCGAUCCUAUUGUUAACAGACGUGCAGAUGAGCCGGACUGUUAGACUGAGAAUAGCUAGGAAGUGAUACAUGCUUGUAGAUAUUAUAUUUGCAUAGUGGCAAAUAUGAAAAUAUAUUUCUGAGAGGAAUAAGUCUAAUGUAGAAUCUGGCAUUUGAUAAAGUUUUGUUAGAAGAAAGGUCGUUGUCAACUUAAUUUCAUUUAUGUUUUGAUCUGUAAUGAAUAAUAUACUAAAAAUGUACGAUACAAA